AUGGUCGACAUGGGGGGCCUGGACAACCUGAUCGCCAACACGGCCUACCUGCAGGCCCGCAAGAGCUCGGAGGGCGACACCCGGGAGCUGCAGCGGCGGCGCCGGAGCCUGGCGCUCCCCGGGCCGCAGAGCUGCUCCGAGCUGCGGUACCGGGAGACCGCGGCCUUCCUCGAGGACGUGCAGCGCUGGGAGCUCGCCGAGGCCGGGCCCGCCAAGGACAGCGCGCUGCGGGCGCUGCUGGCCACGUGCGCGCAGGCCCCUGGCCCUGGGGACCCACGCCCCUUCCCCAGCCCGGCUCUGACCGCCCGGUGCCAAGCAGCCACCGCCGAGCACGAGCGAGCGGCCCUGGUGGCGCAGGCCAAGGCCGAGGCCAUGGCCUUCUUGCAGGAUAAGCCCUUCCAGGGGUUCCUGGCCAGCCCCUUCUACGACAGGUUCCUGCAGUGGAAGGCCUUCGAGAGGCAGCCCGUGUCCGACAAGUACUUCCACGAGUUCCGCGUGCUGGGCAAAGGCGGCUUCGGGGAGGUAUGUGCUGUCCAGGUGAGAAACACUGGUAAGAUGUAUGCCUGUAAGAAGUUGGACAAGAAGCGGCUGAAGAAGAAAAAUGGUGAGAAGAUGGCUCUCUUGGAAAAGGAAAUCUUGGAGAAGGUGAACAGCCCUUUCAUCGUCUCUCUGGCCUAUGCCUUUGAGAGCAAGACCCAUCUCUGUCUGGUUAUGAGCCUGAUGAAUGGGGGAGACCUCAAGUUCCAUAUCUACAACACUGGCACACGGGGCCUGGAAAUGAGCCGGGUGGUCUUCUACUCGGCCCAGAUGGUCUGUGGAGUGCUGCACCUACAUGACCUUGGCAUUGUCUACCGAGACCUGAAGCCUGAGAACGUGCUUCUGGAUGACCUCGGCAACUGCAGACUGUCCGACCUGGGGCUGGCCGUGAAGAUCCAGGAUGGCAAGCCCAUCACCCAGAGGGCUGGAACCAAUGGUUACAUGGCUCCUGAAAUCCUGGUGGAAAAGGUGGGUUAUUCCUAUCCUGUGGACUGGUUUGCGAUGGGAUGCAGUAUUUAUGAAAUGAUCGCUGGGCGAACACCAUUCAAAGAUUACAAGGAAAAGGUCAGUAAAGAGGAUCUAAAGGAAAGAACUCUGAAAGAGGAGGUCAAAUUCCAACAUGAUAACUUCACAGAGGAAGCAAAAGAUAUUUGCAGACUCUUCUUGGCUAAGCAACCAGAGCAACGCUUAGGAAGCAGAGCACAGUCUGAUGAUCCCAGGAACCACUCUUUCUUCAAAACCAUCAACUUUCCUCGCCUGGAAGCCGGCCUGGUUGAACCCCCAUUUGUGCCGGACCCUUCGGUGGUUUAUGCCAAAGACAUCGAUGAAAUCGAUGAUUUCUCUGAGGUUCGGGGGGUGGAAUUUGAUGACAAAGACAAGAAGUUCUUCCAAAGAUUUGCAACAGGUGCUGUUCCCAUAGCAUGGCAGGAAGAAAUUAUAGAAACAGGACUGUUUGAAGAACUGAAUGACCCCAACAGGCCCGCAGGUUGUGGGGAGGGUAGUUCAUCCAAGUCUAGUGUGUGUUUGUUGUUGUGAAUUGUUCUCUACUAGACAGGCAGCAGGAGCCUCCCUUGACAUAAUCCUCGAAACACGAGAAUCUGUUGAAUGAGGACUGAUCAGGUAGGAGGGACAUUUCAACCACAGAACAAACAGUUCAAAGGGUGGGCAAGCUCACUGCUAGGACAUGUUUUCUUUUUCUUUUUCUUGCUUUUUUCAUAAAGAUGGGUAAAGUCUCAGCUUUCACUAAGGGCUGGGGAAAGAAACACUCAGGUUUAUUUUGAUAAACUAAAAGCAUGAGCCCUCCACCGUCACGUCCCUGUGAAUUACACAAAGUCCUAGGAACAGAGAAUGGAACUUUGUGGCGUACCCAGAAAAUGAGCAUUUGCAAUUCUUAGUAAAUAAUCAUUUUAGUUUUUCUUUGUUUAUAUCCUCUCUUUCCUCGUUUUGCAGUAUUUCUUUUGCUUCUGUACUUAGUAAAAGGAUUCUGAAGCUGGAAAUAAAUGUUCCUGAUGUUCUCCUCCUAAAAA